AUGGAAACAAUAGCCCCGGCGUUAUCGGCGCCGCUGGAAGCUGCUGGUGACACAGCCGACAGAAAAGCACCAAGCGAUAAGAAAAGCCUCAAACGAAAGGCGUCUGUUGAUGAAGACGAUGAUGAAAAAGAAGAAGGAGAAAUAAGCUCCCCGAAACGAACAAGGCACGACGGCGAUGCGAGCGAUAGCAAAUACCCGAGAGUCGAAAAGAAUGCUGGGCAGCGGCAGGUGGCAAAACAGGAAGAAAAGAAGCGAGGACAACGUCUAUUUGGAGGGCUGCUGAGUACUCUAAGUCAGAAGCCAUCCCUUGCGGAGCAAAAACGGCGGCAGGAUAUCGAAAAGCGGCAACAAGAGAAGAUGCACAGACAGGACGCUGAAGACGACGUCAAGAGAUCUCAGAAACUUGCAAAGCUCCGCGAAAUCCGUAUGACGGAGCAAAUAGUCUUUGAAGAAGAAAUUAUGAAGAAUCGCCAUUCCAAGGAGCUGCGACUCGCACGCUUUCUGAGCACAAAGGCUAGGCCGACAAUAUAUUAUUUGCCGUGGAAGUGCACCGACGAGCAAGAGGACAUCAUCGACGAACAAAUUAGCCGCGCGAAAGAGCUCAUACAGCGGCAGGAAGACUUGUUCCGACAUAAACGUCAGAAACAUAUUGAUAGAUAUGGUGAGCCCAAGGGGCAACCAAGAGUCAUUGAACGGGAAAGACUGUCAUCAAGAUCCAGAUCACGGUCCAGAUCAGCUUCUGAAUCAAGAUCAAGGUCACCGUCGCCUCAGAAGCUACCCAAUCCCUCGAAUCCGACAACUGAUGGGCCACCGCAGACUACAGAACCUGUGACAGAUUCCAAAAAGGACGAACAGAAAAAUGGAAGUGAAGGAAUUGAGUCACAACCAACAGAAGUUAUAGCUACGGCUCAGGAGCCAACGCCGACGGCACUUGUGCCUCACGAGCACCAUGACGAGGCUGAUAUUAUGGAAGAAGGCGAUGAAGAUGCCGUUAUCUACUAG